CAAACACACUGGCGUUUGUUUGUUUGUUUGUUUGUUUGUUUGGCUAAGAAAAAAAAUCCCACCGGUACAGUCCUGGCAAGUGUUAGGUGGCACAGAGGGCUGCGUCGCGGUGCAGGGGGACGUCCCGGGGAACACUCCCUGACCUCUGAGUGAACCUCGCCGGCAGGAAAUGCACUGUGGCGGCCCCAGGAAAAAACAGCAGACGCGACGACGCCCUGUCUCGUUAAAAUACCACAACUGUUUAUAGCUAGCCCGCGGCAGUUGAUUUUCUUUUAAAGCUAAUAAAGAACAACCGAGUCGGAACUUUAAUAUCGGGCUCGCCGAAAACUAGAAGCACUACGCCGGCAAAUGAUGCACAAGAUGCCUGGUCAACCGGACAACUUGAAGCCCAGAAAGAGGAAGAGCAGCUCUGAGGUCAAAAGCUCCAGAAAGGCGUCUGCUACCAGGAGGAGAUGUACAAAAAGCGCAAAGACACACUCAGCAGCAGAGAGCAGUUCAGCAGUCAGUGGUUACAGCAAAGCAGCCGGCCCUCUGGAGAGACACACUCGCAUCAGCUGUGAAUGCCUCCAGUCUGCAGGCAGGAGGAGAUGCUCAGCGUCACCGGAGCUCGAAGGACAGGAGGGCAAAGAGAACGAGCGGCGGGCGGGGCUGGAUCUGGGCAGCUGCAGAGUGAAUGGCUUCCAGGACAAACAGGAGGGUGAGGAAAUGGAUUAUGAAGAAACAGACAAAAACAUCUUCCCAGAUGACGACAGCAACCAGAUUCUUCCUGUAGAGCAGUUCUUUGGAAACUUGGACGCUGUACAGGACUUUCCUCAAGGAUCAUCAGCGACGUCUGCCCGUGUCCAGAGGGAGAACAGGAGGCGACAUUACUAUGCACGAGAAGACAGCGACGAAGAGGAGGCGGGCUUCAUCAGUAUGCAGCGGGACGACAGCGGAGGCACUUAGUGAUGAGUAACUGCACCGAUGACUGUGGUGGACUUAAAGUGAUGUCUCCGAGGAAGGACAUAAAACCUCUCAGCACUUAACAAAAAGCAGCCAAAUGAAACGACCCUUCCAGACACAGCAUUAAAUCAGUCCUCGUCACAUUGAAUGGGUGUCUCACCAUCGGCUGAAGUGACUGGUAACAACUCAGAAUGUUGAGUGUCACACAACUUCACCAAGCUGAGCACUGGUACUUAUGACUCCGUUAACAGUUUGAAAGCAAGUUCUUGAUGGUAAACUUGGAAAUUGACGACUUCCGGCUUGACAAGGACUGUCCACAUGCACGAAAAAUGCCAAAUUGUUUUCUACCCAUCACAUUUGGGAUGAAACCUGAAUAUUAUAUUUUUUUGAUAAUUUUUCUUAACGCAGCUACAGUAGUGGGAUUAAUAUAGGCAUCUGUGAGGAACAAAUACAUUAGUGUUUGUUAAAGCAUUCAUUGCUAAAUUCAUGCUCGCCCCACCCACCACCUCUUCAGUCGUAGCAGGUCUUACCUGAAAGGGUGUGUUGACAGAGCAUGUUGCUUCAUAGUUUGAGUGCUGGAUUAAAGUAACAGUCUUCAAAAAACACUUGAUUUUUUCCUCACAGAUCUAUGAAUUACAAGGUAUAAAAUGUAAAAUGCUAAAGUCACAUUUUGAUCAGAAAAGAUUUAAUGUUCUCGUUUCAGACUGCAUAAAUGUGAUCAGCAAGGAGGGAUCACACGCCAAAGAGCAGAAUUCAGAAUGACCUAAUUUAAUAUCACAAAUUCAUUGUUUAAGAUGAAUGUUAUGUCAUUGUUCACUAAGUGUCUAAUAAUCCUCCUCAAUGCAUCUUUGUGUGCUCAGUUUUUUGGCAGCUUCUUAACACGAAAUACAUCUGUUUGUGUAUAUACAUAUCAAUGCAGCUAAAUCCUUUUCCCUGACAUGUUGAGUUCUUAUUUUUACAAACAUGACGAAAUUACAUAUGAAAAACUACUACUACCAAAAAAAACAACAAAGGAACAGGAACCAAAAAUGUUAAGGUUUCUGACACAUGUUGUCAGUGUGCAAAUAAACUGAGGAUAACUUAAACCUGGCUUUGAAAAUGUAAUCUAAAUUAGAGGUUCACAGUAAGUGCACUAGGGUUGUCUGUUAUCAGAUUUUGUAUGUAGCUGAUUGUUCUGACCAUCCACGUAAAAGUUUUAUAUAUUUUUACUGCCUUAUUUAUGUAAAAUGCUUUUCAUAAUCUUCUAUGCAACUUUCUGACUAUUUGUAUAGUAAGCAGUCGUAAUCAAUUCAUGCAUUUUACAUCAGCGUACCAACACAAAGAACAAAUAAAUGUUUUUCAUGGUUUCAAGUAAGUUUAAUUACUCCUGUCUAACUAAUCACUGGCAGUCGGUAUUGAAGCUCUGCAGGGCACACUGGCUCAGUAAGCAGAAUGUCAUAAAAAGGUUUUAAAAAUAUCAAAUGAGGUUUUAAAAAAAAAAAAAAAA